CUGGGCAAACUGUUCUGGAAAAAGUCAAUUAAAAAGGAUUCAGUCCCCACAGGUUCAGAGGAGAAUGUGGUGUGUAUAUCACCAGUAGAGAUUAUAAACUCCAAGGAAGUAGAAUCAGCCUCACAAACAGUGGAUCUCAACGAGGACAGAGAUGCUACACCUGAACCCACAGAAGUAAGACCCAGAAGAGAAGAGGGCAAACCACCAAGAACCUCCCUGAUGGCGUUUUUCAGGCAAAUGUCAGUGAAAAGGGAAGGAGAGAGCGCCCACUCAGAAGAAGUAAAUGGGAAAGAUUCAGACUACCAAACAUCAGACUCUACAGAGCAGGCCACCACACUACCAGAGCCGUAGCUGGAGCCGGCCACAGCAGGCCAGAAGGGGAGAGAGGGCUCCUCGAAGGACAAGAAGUCACCAGUCGAGAAGAGCACGCAGAAAAGCAACAAGCAAGAAGCCAAAGUAACGGCCCCGAGCGUGGAGGAGUGUGUGGUCGAGGUGGACUCACUGCAGAACGGGGACAAACCCCAAAAGAGACCCGAGAAACGGUGGCAGUCCCUUGGGGGCUUCCUGAAGGGCCUGGGACCAAAGCGGAUGUUGGACGCUGAAGUGCAAACAGACCCCGUAUCCAUCGGACCCGUUGGCAAAUCCAAGUAA